AUGGUUGAGGAGAGUCCUUCGAAAUCAGUUCAGGAGAAGAAAAGCUCUAAGUCUCCAAAGAAGAAACAAACUGAAGAGGUUGUUGUUUCGAAGCCUGUGGAAAAGGCUGUUGAGCUGAAGUCUAUUGAGCCUUAUAAGGAAAUUGUUCCUUCGAAAUAUGGAGUAUUCAAGCAUAAAUGUGUUGUUCUUCGAGAAGUACCUAUCCUAGUUUGUCCAUCUGCAAAGAAACGAAAGGCAGAAGAUAUGGCCAAAUAUAUUUCAAAGAAGCAGAAGAGGAAUCUUUGCAAGUUGGUAAUUAAUGAUGAGUCUACUGAAGAGGAAGUUGUUCGGGAUCCUCCUGUGCCAAACUCUCCAGAAAAAUCAACUAUUGAAACAAAUGUUGUUUCUUCGCAAGUGUCUAACCAGCACCAAUUAUUGUUUCUCUACCUUUGA